AUGAUCAUUAGUGAUCUCCGCCACCGCAACCUCGUCCCUCUCAGUGGUUGCUCCCCUGACGCCACCACGACCGUCGCCAACGUCAUCUCCAUCAACGAAGUUGAGAUCAUCAGCUAUCUCCACCACCGCAACCUCGUCGAUCUCCACAGCUGCUGCAUAGCAUCACCGACGACCACGAUCACCAAAGUUACCUCAUCUACGACCUCAGAGGAAAAACAUUAUACUAGAUGUUGCCAAAGCCCUUGCUUGCACUAUGGAGUGAAGCCAACCAUAUAUGACAAAGAUAUCAAAGGCACGAGCAUCUUGCUUGAUGGAGAGAUGAGAGCUAGAGUUGCAAACUUCGGAUUAGCAAGGCAGAGCAGAGAAGGCCGGUCUCAUUUAUCCGCCCUCGCCGUUGUUCCCCGCAUCCUCUCCUCCUUUUUUCUCCUAUCGUUGCUCCAUGUUUCAAGUAUGCUAUCUAUCUGCUCCACCGUCCUUGCUUGUUUUCUCUCUCUUUCUCUAAUGACUUGGUCUUUGCUUUGGCAUAGCGUUGGUGCUGAUGGGGACUCUGGCUUUGGGCCGGUUUUGCAGGCGUUUAUUGGGAAUACGAGCCUUAGCUCCUGUUCUCGUUCAUGUAUUGAAUUUCUGCAGAAAUAUGUGACCUGGAAUUUCACAUUUGUGGAAUUUCAGUACUCCCUCUGGAUUCUUUAA